CGAUCAUUUCUCAAAGUGACAAAAUAAUUUCUUUUUUUUCUUCUUUUUCGUUAAUUGAAUCAAUCGAGUAUCGCAGUGCAGACUUGAGGAUACUUCCAAGUGCACUUCUGGAAAAAUGAUCGUGUAACCAUCUACAUUUGCGUAUCCCUCUCCCCACAUCUUGUCUCUCAUUUCAGAAAUGAUGUAAGCUCAUAACUGUAUCAUGAAAUUUCUAAAUUACAGAUUUUUAUUAACUAUACAUUGUUCCACGUGAUAACUCUUCUCGUUAUCGUGUUCGUAGAUGGAUGGAAAGUGCAAUAAAGCUGGCAAUGCGAUCUAAUAAUUUAUCACAAAUAUAGACUGUAUUACAAAGGAUACGUAUGUGCAGUUUAGUUGCACGAAUGUUGAAUAUUGUUCGUCAAGAGAACGCAACCCGUGUUAUUAAAUUCUUCAGAGAUAUCGUCAUUCGUAUUACUGUUUUUUUAUUUUAGUCGUAUACUCAAUUAUGCACGCUAUCACCCAUUAUUAUUGACAUUGUUUUAUUAGGCUUUAAAAAUGAUGAUGAUUUAUUACGAUGAUUAGUUGCAUUUUGUGAAUGCCAUUGUGGUUUUCCAGAGUUGAUCAUCAAUAAGACGACAGUAUUUGAUAUUCUUUUCUUUACACGUUGCUAAUAUCUGAUGAGAAUUGAGAAAAACUCGAGAGAAAGGAAAAUAUAUUAUACCUUUUGCCAACUGUAUCAAUUAGAAUCACAAGCAUGAGCAUGUAUUUUUGUGUCUAACAGACAAUUAUGAUUUGUUGUUUAUAGUGAGGACGCUGGGCGUAGCGCCGACGAAAUGAAGCAUGCAGCAUGCGUGGUAGCGGUGACGGCUGCGCGGUCUUGCCUUCAACCCCUGGUGUCCGCUAGUCGCUAUCUCGCCGUACACGCUCUUCCCGGUGAUCCUCUCAACUUUGUUGUUGAGGCUAAAUCGAGAGUGAAGGAGGUUUAUUCGCAGACAUGUAAGCUUCUAAGCCAACAAGGCAUGCGAGAUUGCGAACUUUUCGGUUUGGCAAUAUUAUCCGAUGGAGAAUAUCUCUUCGUAGAUCCUGAAAAUAAACUAAGCAAGUAUGGUCCGAAGAAUUGGCGAAAUUCUCAUACACAUGGUUUAGAUAGUAGCGGAAGGCCAGCUUUUGUCCUAUAUUUUCGAGUUCGUUUUUACGUUGAUACGCCGUUAUUGUUAAGCGAUGAAACAACGCGGCAUCACUAUUACCUUCAAUUACGCGAUAACGUCGUCAGACAUGGCGGCGGGGUGGAGACUCUUCAUCCACAUCAUCCCUUUCACGAACCAUCCAUCGUUACACCAUUACUUGUACUCGCUGGACUCGCACUUCAAGCUGAUCUUGGAGAUUACUCCGAUGAACGACACAGACCACAUGCAGGAUUUGUUGGCUAUUGCAAGCCUACGGAUUACUUUCCACCCCACAUGUGUCUCGAGUCGAAUGUGCUUGCUGUGCUCGCUGCCCAGCAUAGAGAAAACAGUGGGCUCUCCAGGGAGGAGGCAGAAUUGCAAUACAUCCGGGAGGCGGUGCUGUUGGAGGCGCCGCUCAACGCUCACUUAUAUCGGUUACGACGCAGUAAAAACGAAGCGGGACCCGGACGCAUACUCCUGGCGAUUUGCGCACGCGGGGUGCGAGUUUACGCCGAGGAAGAAACACCGCGUAUCUUUGCUUGGAACAACAUCGACAAACUUUGCUUUGAUCGCAAAAAAUUUGAGAUCCGAGCAAUCGAUCAGCCGGACAAACUCACUCUCUACAGCGGAUGCGAUGAUAAAAGCAAACUUCUCUUGGGACUUUGUCGUGACACCCAUCAAUUCUCUAUGGCUAUAGCACCCAGAGUAAACGAAGCUAAACGAAGGGAAGAAGAAGAACGGAAAGUCUUGAGGGACUGUUAUAUGUAUCCUACCCAAUGCAAGCUGAGCUUAACAGCGCGCAGUGCGCGUGGUGAUCAACGGAUUUCCGUCAUCUCAAGCACAUCCUCGAAUACGACAUCUGGUAUAGUCAGUGACAGGGUACACAGCGAGGACGAACCUGAUACCGCGCCAGCGUCGACCGAGUGCUUGCCACGUCUUACCGAGACAGUACCUUACUCGGCCUCCCAGAGUAGAGCCUUAAAUUGCGCAAAUGCAGACAUGGAUGGUCAUCCUAUAUCAUCUUCUUCCAUUCCUCUUAUUGACGAGGUAGAUGGUAGCGCCACUUCUGCGUCGAUGGCGUUGCAUCUUACGCCGAAUACCACGAUGGUCACUGAGGGCUCACAGUGCAGCAGCAGCUGCAGCACGGUCGUUGUCGUUAACACACCUAUGGGCGGGCCAUCGCAAAUGCGUCGUACUUCGGCGACUUCCAGCUUGGAAUUAGGCUACUCACAUACGACACAAAACUCCACUGUCUCCACGGAGACCGUUAGCUUUCCUGGCGCUAUUUAUGAUAGAUGCAAAAAAACAAGUAAAUAUGCAGGUACUGACAUUGCGAGCGAGACUAGCGGCGUGUACACGGUAAGAAGCAGCGAGAUUCAAGACGAAAGGAUCAGCGACGAUUUGUACUCGCCCACGGGUGAGACCAACGAAUCUUCAGCGGCUAGUGAUGUUUGCGCUCUGAGUUCCGUUCAAUCCACCACCGACGAAGCGUCCGUCACGUCCGGCUUCUACACCAUCCACAGCGGUCUGCGAUCCGAAAGUAGCGAUGUCUACACUGAGGACGUCGGUACGGAGGAUCAGGAACCAAUCUACAGCGUUUGUAAAGGCGACGACGACGGGGAUGACAGCCAGCAGCUUGAAGAUCCGCGCUCGCGCAGUAACAGCAUACUCAGCGCGGGUAGCUUCCGGGGCGAUGGGAGCGAUCCAUCCAGUGUGAGACCUCUGUUAUCAGCCGACGAGUUAUCGGAUCUGAUAGUCGGUAGAUAUCCGCCGCGCAAGACCAUCAGCAAUUCGAUGGAUUCGGAUUGCGACUAUGUGACUAUGCCGCCACCACCGCCACUGCCACCGCCACCGCCACUUCGGACGGACAGCGACCGACAACCGCCACCGCCACCGCCGCCGUAUCCGGUAGGAAACGUCGAUUAUGCUACGAUCAAUGUCCCAAAAAGAUCGAGCAUACCGGAGUUGGAUCACCGGGAACGUGAACCACCACCGCCGCCGCCACCGUUGUACAACACCAACCGCGGUGACUUUGUUCCAUUGCCGCCCAGACGAGUCGAUCCACCUCCACCGCCUCCAUACACGUCACCACGCGAGAAGAUUCAAAUACCGCCGCCAACGCCACCCCGAAAUGACGCGAUAACGCCGCGAGAACCGCCACCACCUCCACCGCCUUAUCCGGAUGCAUCGACGGCGGUUGGUUCCGUGCCGAGGAUCACGAAGACCAGCGCUAGCGAUGUAACUGCAACGUUUGUGCCGAAACCACCGCCUAGAAUUCAACCGCCUACUUAUCCCGGGGAUAAGAUGAAGCCUACCCCGGUGCACGCGCCAGUCGCCGCUCUUGUGGUGGGCCCGAAUAAUUACCUGGACGUGCACGCCUCACGGAGCGGCCCGGUGCUUCUACCCUACUUGACCUCGCCACCACCGCCACCACCACCUCCACCGGCAAUGGUGCAUCCGCGACAGCCACCACCGCCGCCGCCACCACCACCGCCGCCGGCGCCAACAUCCAGUUUGGCGACCGUCUACACGAGUCAAGUCGCUCGGUCACAGAUAGAGCAGUACAAGCAGCAACUCUAUUCCGAUGUUGAUUACGUCAUGUUCCCACUUAAAGAUCCGGCCGUGUCCAAGCAGGAGUACAUCGAUGCCAAGCAAGGUUCUUUCCUGGCAGCGAUGGCUGCCUGCCCACCGCCACCAUAUCCAUCCUUCAACAAAAGCUCUGUGAUGUAUCGCAGCACGCCCUAUCUCCCCGGUUCCUCGUUCUCCUCUUCGCAGUCUAAAUACGCGUCCAAUCAAAAUUUGAGCGACACCGGCAGUUGCGCCGGCAGCAAUUACCUGUUGCACAAUAAUCUCAGCAGUCACUACGCUGCCAGCACGAGCUCGCUGUACAGCGGCGCGACUUAUUCGUCCACAGGCAGCCACAGUCUGAGAAGAGAACCGCCACCGCCAACGCAACCUCACACGCUACAUGCGUUUACGCGAACCAGGAGCGACGACAAUAUCCUUAAAUGUUUGGACACACUGGUGUCCACGAAUAAAAUGCAGUCUUUAUCACAGUCCAAACAUCGCAGAUUACCGCCGCCGCCGCCGCCACCACCUUACGAGAUACAGAAUCUUGAAAAAAAUCAACCACUGCCAUCGGCUUCUUUAGCGACGGCUUCCUCUACUUUGUCAACUGCUACGACAGCCAACAAGUCGAGUAAUGGCAUAGAAGAGAACGAUGAAGGGAAGGAUGACGAUAUGCUGGACAUCCGAACACUUCGCGAGAAAAGUCGCAACUUAGAUUUACCUUUAAUAUCGGCGUUGUGCAACGACCAGUAUCUACUCAAGCAAACGAAGGCAUUUGUAUUGCCGAAACAUCCCAACGAGGCCACUUCUGUUACGACUGCUACCACGUCCACGAAGAAUGGCAUACGGAGUAGCAACGGAGGGACCUCCAACAGAAAUAAAUAUCCAGUUAGCGGAUUGUCAACGACACAAAUUCAGAAACCAUCCAGAAAGCCGUCGACAAGUACUCAUAAGCAUCCUUCGGAAACGAAAGGUAGUGCUUGUAAAAUCAAAACCUCGACAGCCAAGAAAGAUUUCGCAAGAGUGUCUCAUUCCUAACAUUUGCUCUUGACUUCUUUCUUCAUUUAUAAUCUUGUAGCUCAGGACAAAGUACAUUCCGUAAUCCCGAUACCGAUCACGCGUUACGUAACGUCGAUGUAGUUAGUAGUCGAUGUAGUAAGGAAACCUACGACAAAUUAAAUAUCGUUCUCGCGGACCAUAUUUCUUCGACUCAGGGUGCCAUUUUAUUUGUUCAUCGUUUUUUUUCCUUUUUCUUGGAUUAUUUAAAUUUUCAAAAUUCCAAGUGGUAACUAAAUGAUCGAUCGUCUUAAGUAACGAAUCAUUUCUGAUUGUAUGUACGAAUCGUCAACAGUGAUGAAUGGUAAAACAUUCCGAUUAUUUUGUCUUUAUAUAAUGCUCAUUUUUGAAAAUCACACAUAUACUUGCAGAUCUCUUUCUCGUAUAAAAUAUUUUAGAUAUUAUUUUAACGCGUUUGUACUUAGGCACUUUAAGUGUCUACCGCCUUUUGCUCAAUCACAUGGCUGAUGCGAUGGAAAUUCGACUUAUAAGCCCCGAUAAAAAGGCGGCGCUAGUCCCGCUCGACGUUAGGCUAAACUAUACAAUUAUUGGCCAUUGUAUUGUAAUGCAAUGAUACAUUCCAUGAUAAUAAUCAUCUCAUAAUUAUUGAUUAUAUGUAUUUAAAACGAGAAAUAGAUCACCGAAGCUCGAAAGUUACUGUCUUUUAUGGGAUUUUGAUGCGAUGAAAAUUCGACUUAUAAACCCCGAUAAAAAGGCGACGCCUGCUUAUACAGGCCGGCGACCGAAUAUAGAGAAUAUUGUCAUAAAACCUAUGCUAUUAUUGAUAACAUACUGAUUAACACAAAAAAUAUUCUCUUCCGUGUUUUAUCUGUUCAAUUCAUCUGCAUGUUAAUUUAUUUUCCACAAUCUGCUCAUUACCUAGCUUUUUAUAUAUUACGCACUUUUUGUAUGUGCGUACAUUUUAAUAAACUAUGAAAAAGGAUUAAGAAAUUGCAUUUUUAAAUAUUCUUGUUGUCUGGAAAUGCCUGUUGUUUUGUGAAUUUACGUAUAUAAUUGUAAUUGGCAAUAAAUAUACUAAACCUUAUGCUAAAAUACGUUUUAUUAUUGAUAAUUAAAAUAGAUAAAACGUAUUUUGCAUAAGGUUUAGUAUUGAAUAAUAAAUUUUACGUACAGAAUUAUUUAAAUAAUGUUUAAUAUGUAAAAAUUUAAUCAUAAUGAGAGUCGAAAACAGUUCGGAUGCAGUUAUUUUACAUGUUAUUUUCUUAGCAUUCGGCUUUUCCGAUAUAUUCUCGUUUAGUGAUAAUUCUAUAAUAAAAAAUUUAGAUGGCCAAUAAUGAUACAGUUUAUCCCACUUAUAUCGUAAAAAAAGCGACUUUCUUAUAUAUAAAUAUUAAUUUCUCACGGAAUACGCACAUAUAUUUUGAAGAAAAAAUAUAUAUCAUUAUUGUAAUUAAAGAAAUAAUACCUAUCCUAUAUGUUUCCAAAAGCAAUAUUUAUUAUCGAGCAGUUUCUCAUCUCUAUAUAUCUUAGUAACACAGUACUCGUUUUGUGGUGCUGUUAUUAUCGAAGUAUGUUUUGUAAGUGUGCGUACGGUGCUGUUAAUGUAGUUAAUUCUUUGUAUUUUUAUAAUAGUUAUAUAUCUCAGUAUAUAUAUAUUGUGAAGCUGCAGAAGUGUCAAAUUUAUUGGUACAAGAUUAUAAAGAUUGACAUCAUGAAUUUAUAUUACAAAGCGUGUAAACAUAGUAGAAUACUUACCAAAAAACACAAGCAGACAGAAUCAUUAAUAUUCCGACUUUAGUGGAUUUUGCGUUACAUAUUGACAAAAAUAUACCAACUUAAAAACUUAACAAUAAAUGAAAAUUGUUUGCAUUACAUUGUAAAAAAAUGAAAUAAAUCGAAAUGUUUACUGGUUUGAGAAACGGUUACCGUAUACAUUUUAUACAUA